CGUGGAUCACGAAUCAUUCCAAGUACGUAUUAGCAACCCCGCUGCUCUACUUUUUUUUCUGUCUCAAAUUCGUUGAAAGUGGAAAUCGCGCUUUGAAUCAUCACUAUAAUUCCUUCCGUUUUGUAGACAUCCGCCUACCAAAUUACGCACCACCUCUUUUUUUUUUUCUCUUUCGCUCAAACUUUGUUUUACUAACAUCUUUGCAGCCAACUUCUGCAGCAGCAAAGGUUCUUUCGUUUGCGCCUACACCACAAAGUGAUGCCUACGCGCAUAGGCCGGGUUUUAUUAGCAUACCUACAUGCUACGAAAACGAGAGGAGCCUAAGGUCAAGCAUGUCGACUGAUCCAACCUCACCUGACAUUCCUUCCGAGAUCGCCGGGGAGGUUCGAGCAGUGCGACGACCGAUCACUCUCAGUCGAACAUAGCCAGCCGAAGCCACGGAAAAGGCGGUCGCAACAUGAGUGGCCACUUUAAGGGGAGGAUCAACGGUCUGGGUUCAGUCGUGCCUACGAACAACCUCAGUGGAAGAAACCAACCUUCGUCGCGCCCCGUACGAUCAUCGCCACCACGCCCUCCAAGCCCGCCGCCUGCGAAACGUACAAAGAUCGAAGAGAAUCGCACACAUACACAGGCUCACUUCGCCCUUGCGUUGGAUGUUGAUGGAACGCUCGAUAGGCCGACUCCCCGCAAACGUUCUUUGGACGACAUCAGCGACUCUCAGCAGACAUUGAGAUCACAGCCGUCUCAUAGCAGAGGAGUCCAUCUAUCCCAGCCGAACGUCUCGGAAUAUCGAAACGUCGAAAGCUUCGUCAAAGCGCCAUCAAGGAAAAGGUAUCGGCGUGAUGCCUCCGAGUCCGCCGAUAGAAAUUCUCUACAAGAAUUUGACAUGGAUAGCGAUGGAGAUGUAGAAUGUAUCGAGGCGCCCGAGCAAGCAGCAAUUCCCCAAACACGAACGCAAAACUUAACUCAGAAAGGGAACACGCAACCUAUUACAGCAUUUGCAUCACGUUUUGGAGAUCGUGGUAAAGGGGCUGCUAAGGUCAACAGCUCAACCGCUGCCGCUGUGAAAUUGGGAAAAAUCAUAGAAAAUACGGAACGGAAGAACCAUGAGUGGAGGAAUGGUAAACUCAAGAGCAUGGAUUCCAGCCCAGAUGAACUAGCCCCAGAAGCACAAGAUAUCAGGGGAAAAGUGCUGACGAAACGACCUGUUACCCCUUCACCAAGUUUGUCUAAGAGAGGCGACAUCACGCCAACGAAAUUCUCAACGUCGUCUCACGUCAGGCCGGACAGUUCAAAGGCGACAGCUGGCGAGCUAGCCUUGGACCGCGCCAAGAAAAUCAUCAGCUCAAGACUUCUCAUCGUGCAGGCUGUCUCAGGCCGCUACAAAUAUGAAGUGCAUAAGACCAGUAGUGUGGACGAAUGCUUUCUAAAGUUGCGGGAUAUGAGCUACAUCCUUCAUCCGACAAAUCUAGACGGUGAAAUCUUGAAACAGUACGCAUAUUUGACCAUCAACUUGAAGAAAGUAUCGGCGAUUUCGAUUCCAUCCAACCCGAACUAUCACGUGGUCUCGAUAAAUCGUUCUCUUGAUGCGUCAACCAGUGCCAGUCCUAGGCUGUUGGUCGAAUUUAAAUCUCCUGAAGACAUUCAACACUUUAAAGAGUGGGCGGAGAUGGAUAGAGAAGAUGGAUCACGGCCUAGAAUUACUAUCAUUGAAGAUCAGGCUAGGCUUGACAAGGAAUUUGCCAAUUUGAUGAGCAAAGCUGAAAGAAGUACCGUUAUUACGGAUCAGGAGCUGGUGGGAGAUGACAUCAAACUCAUCCAGCAUAACGCUGAAGAUCGGGCAAGGCAGGCGAAGCCCAUUGGCCGACCGGCUGUUUCGAAUAGCCAGGUCAAGACGAAGGACUUGAUGAGACUUUAUGGUCAUCCGGCUUCGUCAAACCUCGAAGUAACAGUUAUACCGGAUAAUGCCCAUACCCCUGCCAUUCAGCGGCCGAUACGUACGACCCGAUCCACGUUUGCAUUGAAAUCUCCCUCUUCAGCUUCCGAGUCACCUGAGCCCGAAGGCUGGACAGUCCAGAAUAAAGGCUGGGAGAGAAACUGGCGUAACUCUCUAGUGUUCCCUCCCCACGGAAAGAAUCGAGCUACUGUUGACAAGGAGGACAUCCCUCGGUUAGACGAGGGUCAGUUCCUCAAUGACAAUGUGCUCAUUUUCUACCUACGAUAUCUCCAACAUACAUUGGAGGCGGAGAGACCGGAUCUGGCGCAGAGGAUUUAUUUCCAGAACACGUUUUUCUACGAGAAGCUAAAGUCCUCGAGAACGAGUCAGGGUAUCAACUACGAUAGCGUCAAAGCAUGGACCUCGAAGGUUGAUCUCUUUACGAAGGACUAUAUUAUCGUCCCGAUUAACGAGUAUUCUCACUGGUACGUUGCGAUAAUCUAUAAUGCACCGAAAUUUCUCCCGUCCGCCGAUAAGGAGGUUUCCGACGCCCAGUCUACGGAUACGAUCACUAUCGAGGAAGAUACCCAUAAUUCUGGAGAGGUGUCCACCGUUCCCCCCAAGGAUGAGGAUCUGCUUGAGCCCAUGAAUGUAGAAGCCGUGAUCGCGCCAGCACAGAACGAUCUCACAAACCACCUAAGUCCCAUAGAUCCAGAAGACCAGAAAGAAGAGGCGCAAUCGAGCGGUCACGAGCAAGACAUCGAAUUAGUCAAAGAGAAAAGCGACCCUCAAGCGGAUGUAGAGCAAGUUUUGCCUCCUAAUGGUGCUCUCCGACAAAAGAAAGCCAACAAGAGGCAAAUUAUAGGUCCUCGAAAUCCUCGAAAAUACGACCCGACCCAACCAAGGAUCAUCACUCUCGAUUCAUUAGGGAUAACGCAUUCCCCGGCCUGCGGUUGCCUUAAACAGUAUUUGAUUGCAGAGCUCAAGGACAAGAAAAACAUCGAAAUUUCGCCUCCUGGGGCCUUGGGUAUGACAGCUAAGAACGUCCCCCAGCAAACGAAUCAUUGCGACUGCGGACUCUUUUUACUAGGGUACAUACAGCAGUUCUUAAAAGACCCCGACACAUUCGUCCGUAGCCUUCUUCAACACGAGAACGAUAUUCCCUGGGACCUUAAUCCAUCAAAGCUCCGAAACGAGAUUAGAGAUGUGAUUUUCAAGCUUCAGAAGGAGCAGCAAGGUCGAGAAGACGCCCACAAGGAAGAGAAGCGCAACAAAAGCGGGCCGAAAAAGAAGAACCCAACUGCAGAGCCGCAGAGUGCGCCGCCCGCAAAAGAACAAGUCAUUGAUCAACGCCCGUCUAAACCUCCAGAGAACCAUAUCAUCCAUAAAAAGAACGAGACCGUGGCUAAGCCAAAAUCGAGGUCUCCUACCCCUAAAGCCUCAGAUUUUAAGAAUAGGUCUACACUCGACUCGGACAACGGCAUCCAUAUGCCCGGUUCGUUUCCUCAGUCUCCUGUUGUGAGCAGGUCAGACACGAGGGACUCCUCGACCGUGGCUGAUAGCGAAAAGCCCAAACAAACUGGAAUUCCAAAGUUUGUCUCACCGCUUCCCGGUUCUUCUGGCGAUUCUUCGCCAACAAGACCUAUCUUCGUUGACGAUUCAACAGCAUCCCCAGAGCAGAGACAAUGUUCCACACGUGACCAUACAAAUCCGAAACCCGUUUACAACACAGUGGAAAUACUCGAUAAUCUUGUAAAGGAAAGACAGGGACCAGCUAGUAAUAGCCGAACUCAAGAGGAAACACCCACGACCAGUCCCUUCUUCGCGGGUCGGCACCCCGCCGAUAGGAUGCCAUCAGCUAAGCUACGUCAAGAGCCAGAUCAACCGCGCGUUGUCGUCGAUUUGUCAGACUAAUGACACAUACAUAAUUUAUCAUGGCCAUGUGCUCAAAAGGUUCGGGAUGGUAAACAUGGAGAUGGGAGUUCAUCGGGAGGCAUCAUCUUGGCCUCGUACAUAUCUGCAUAGGAACGGCGCACGUGGUCUGCGUUUUCAAAAGUUUGCAUCGCCCAUAUACCCCUCGCGGAGAGCCGGAUGGCGGCUUUUGCCCGCGAGCGCGGCGCGAUCACAUAAAAAAGCGAAUAAAUAAAGCACAAUGAAACAGCUAUUUAGUCUUCGUGAA